AUGCCUUGCACAGAGCUAAGACCAUACGGCGUGGGGAAGGUCGCUCCUGGGGACAGCAGAUCCUUUGGCCGUGCUGCUGCCUCGUCCGAGUCCCCGCCGCCGCCGCGGCUGGGCUGGGCUGGCCUCAGGCCUGGUGCCGUGUGUCUCCCCAGGAUCGAGAGCUACUCGUGCAAGAUGGCUGGCGAUGACAAGCACAUGUUCAAGCAGUUCUGCCAGGAGGGCCAGCCGCACGUCCUGGAGGCCCUGUCGCCUCCUCAGACCACGGGGAUCAGCCCCAGCAGGCUCAGUAAAAGUCAGAGCGGUGAUGAGGAGGGACCCCUGAGCGACAAGUGCAGCCGCAAGACCCUCUUCUACCUGAUAGCAACGCUCAACGAGUCCUUCCGCCCAGACUACGACUUCAGCGCUGCCAAGAGCCACGAGUUCAGCCGGGAGCCAAGCCUCAACUGGGUGGUGAACGCUGGCAACUGCAGCCUCUUUUCUGCCGUUCGGGAAGAUUUCAACGCCCUGAAGCCACAUCUGUGGGAUGCUGUCGACGAGGAGAUCUGUCUUUCAGAGUGUGACAUCUACAG